AUGGAAAAUGAACAAAUUGUAACUGAAGAUUAUAGUGAAAUAAUACAAUAUCUUCCUUUUUCUUUAAAGUUGUUAUAUGGAACAGGACAUGUAUUAAAUGAUAUUUGUGCUUCUAUGUGGUUUACAUAUUUAUUAGUUUUUUUUCAUUUGGUAUUGGGAUUUAAUUCAAUAUUAGCUGGAGUAAUCUUAUUUAUUGGUCAAAUAGCAGAUGCUUUAGCUACUUCUUUUGUUGGUUUUUAUUCUGAUAAAAAUAAUAACUUUUGGUUAUGUAAAUAUGGAAAAAGAAAAACAUGGCAUUUAAUAGGUACUCUAUGUAUAUUGUUUGCAUUUCCCUUUAUAUUUUCUCGAUGUAUUGGAUGUGAAACAGCUCAUGAAUGGGCUCAAUUAAUUUAUUAUGCAGCAUUUGUUAUAAUUUUUCAAUUUGGUUGGGCUGCAGUACAAAUAUCUCAUUUAUCACUAGUUCCAGAACUUACAUACAUUGAAUAUGAAAGAACAGAACUCAUUGCAAUUAGAUAUAGUUUCACAGUUCUUUCAAAUGUUUUUGUUUAUUGUAUUACAUGGAUAAUAUUACAUAUAACAAAUACUAAAGAUUCUAAUUCUCAAAUUGGUCCUGAUGAUACAACAAAAUUUCAAGAAGUUAUAUUUAUUGGAAUUGGAACAGGAACUAUAACUUCCUUUUUAUUUCAUAUCUUUGUUAAAGAGAAUCUUAAUAAUUCUAAUGGUUUAGUAAAUAGAAGUUCAAGAACAAUAUCAUUAAUAUUAAAAGAUGUUCAAUUAUAUCAAGUAGCUUGUAUAUAUAUGUCUACCCGUUUGUUUAUAAACUUAUCACAAAUUUAUGUACCUUUGUAUUUACAUAUAUCAUUAAACAUGCCAGCUACAUCUUUAGCUAUAAUUCCUUUAAUAAUGUAUUUAAGUAGUUUUGUAACAUCUUUAAUUAUAGAAAAAUUGAAUACAAAACUAGGUAGAAAGAUUUCAUAUUGUUUUGGUGUUAUAUUAGGUGUAUGUGCUUGUAUUUGGAUACAAUUUGGUAAUGAUUUAACAUACAUAAGAUAUCAAAUCUAUCUAGUAUUUUUAAUAUUAGGAUCUGCUGGUUCUGUUAUGUUAGUGACUAGUCUGGGUAUUACUGCAGAUUUUAUAGGUCAAAAUGUAGAUAAUGGUGCAUUUGUAUAUGGUAUUAUGAGUUUUACAGAUAAACUUUGUAAUGGUUUAGCAGUUAUGCUUAUUCAAUAUUUAAAUUGUUGGGUUGAUUGUAAAAAUUACUACAAAGAUGUUUUAGUUUAUGUUUGUGGUACUUCUGCAAUAUUUGGUAUGUUCAUGAUAUUAUGCAUAAAAUCACUUCAUCAUAGUACAGCAUAUAAUACAUUACAUUCUGAACAAACUACAGAACAUAAUAUAUUUGUUACACCAGCAACAAUUGAGAAUGAAUCUGAUAACUUAUUACAACAAGAAAAUAUUACAUAGUAU